AUGUCGAGAGAACGAAAUGGGGAAAUAGAUUUAUUCGAUGAAGCGAUACGGAAGGUGCAAGCAUAUUUAAAACCAAUUGGUUUAAAAAUUGAUAGUCGCAGAACAAUCUUGAAACGCUUACGAAUGAUGUGGUGGUUCUUCAUGAAUACAUUGUGGAUAAAUACCAGCAUAUGUUGUCAGGUAGCAUGGCUAGUACACGGUAUAUUCACAGGGAAGAGUUUUAUACAACUUACCUACUCAGCGCCAUGUCUCGCUCUAUGUCUCCAAAGUAAUAUACAAUCAUUUUACUUCGUGAAACAUGAUCGUCAGGUUUGCGAAUUAGUAGAAGUAAUACGUACACUGCAAUCAAUUUCCGCCAAAAAAAAACUGGAAGGAGUACAUAUUAAAUUUUUAAAAAGUCAAAUGAAAAUGUUCUAUUUUGCUUUAAAUAGUCUAACGAUUUUAUGUGUUCUUGCGGUAACAUCAUUUGGAAUAAGCCCUUUAAUUACUAUCGCUAUGAAUUACUAUAGUAAAGGUGACAUUGAACUAAUACUACCAUUUUUACUUCUAUAUCCUUUCGAUACAACUGAUAUGCGAUUUUGGUUAAUUGCUUACAUUCACCAAAUGUGGACAUCGGUGUUAGCAGUUCUGACAGUUCUGGCUCCAUACUUUUUGUGCUACGCUUGCUCUGCGUUUAUAAUUUUCCAACUUCAUGUCCUACAAAAUGAUUUGGAAAAUGUGAUACCUAUUAAAAACAGUUUAGACGUACAACUAAUGGAUGAGGAAUUUAAGAAGAAUUUGUUCAAAAUUAUUGAUCGUCACAGAAAAUUGAUUAAGUGUGUAGAUCUUAUGGAAUUUAUUUAUACAGAGUCUAUUCUGCUUAAUGUUUUUACGAGUACAUUACUAAUAUGCCUCACUGGAUUUAAUGUCAUGACUAUAAAAGAUUGGACUAUAGUGGUGCCCUUCUUGCAAUUUCUUAUGUUCGGCUUUGUACAGAUAUAUUUUCUAUGUUAUUAUGGUGAUAUGAUUAUGAUUUAUAGUGCGAAAGUAACUGAUGCGUCCUACAAUUGUCAGUGGUAUAGAGCAGAUAAAUCGAUUGUAAAAUAUCUCAUGAUAAUAUCUGCGAGAGCUCAGAAACCGUGUAAAAUGACUGCGCUCAGAUAUUCUGAUGUCAACUUCCAAACGUUUACUAAAAUACUAAGCUCUUCUUGGUCAUACUUCGCUUUGCUAACAUCACUUUAUCGGGAGUAAUUGUUUAUUUAUUUUUGUAAUUUAGCUUAUUAUAU